AUGCCUACAAACAGCACGCUUCUAUCGUGUCUCCUUAUCCCUGUCCUCGCUCUCGGUAUAGCCCGCACAUAUGCGCUCGUGUCGAAUUACCUGCGAGCGAGGAAGCUAGGAAUACCCAUUAUCGUGACACCGGUCUCAUCGCAAGAUGCUUUCUGGAUAAUUAUACAGCCACAUCUUACCAGGUUCCGGAAUGUGCCUGGGCUGCGCACCGCUGUCACGUUCGGCUAUCAUUCCUGGGCACAGAAUGAGCGCUAUCGACCGCAUCAGAAAUAUGGGGAUGUUUUUGCCAUCGUGUCACCCAAAAGAACGGAGAUCGUCGUCAAUGAUCCAGUGGCCGCUGUCGAGGUGCAGUCGCACUACAAAACGUGGCUUAAGCCUGGACCUCUGUACGAGAUUUUUGACACUUUUGGGCCGAACGUGCUGAGUCUCAAUGGCGAGGAUUGGCAACGUCAUCGGCGAAUCGUCAAUCCUGCCUUUCGGGAGCAGAAUAACAAGCUCGUCUGGAAUGAGUCGUUGAGACAAGCGAGGCAGAUGAUUCGAGUGGCCACGGAGCGACCAGGUGCCCAGCAGACCAUGCUUGACGUGCGCAACGACUGUGUCUUAAUCGCAAUGCAUGUCCUUUCCGCCGCCGGUUUCGGGCACGUCCACGACUUUGACGGAGGCUUCCGCGAAAUCCCUGACGGACACAACACCAGCCUGGCGGAGGCAUUGAAGUUCCUCCUUCAGAAUAUCAUCUUCGGUGUCUUGUUCAAGGAUGUGGUUGUGCUCCGUUGGAUUUUUCCGGCACUGUAUCGCCAAAUGAGAGACAUGGCGAAAGAGUUCAGACAAUACAUGGAGGAGCUGAUAGCGUACAACCGAGCCAUCACACAGGGCGGGGGUAGCAGCUACAGUGCCGAUAUUGUGAGUGCGCUGGUUGAAGCCGAUGAAGCGGCAAAGAGAGACCAGAAGAGUGCGGCAAAUGGCAUCAUGGCCAAACCAAUGCACCUGACUGAUGCCGAGUUGCUGGGUGACCUAUACAUCUUCAAUCUGGCUGGUUUCGAAACGACUGCGAAUGCGCUGACCUACACGAUACCAUUCCUUGCCAUCAACCGCGGUGUUCAGGAUUGGGUAGGUGAAGAGGUAGACGCGGUGUUGAAGGGGCGUGAUAUGGAAAAGUUGAGUUACGAAGACAUAUUCCCCUCUCUUGUGAGGUGUUUAGCUCUUAUGUAUGAAACUCUUCGCUUGUGGGGUCCCGUCCCGAAUACAGAGCGGUGGUGUGUCGGCGAGCCGACUGCCCUGCGAGUGGGUGAUAAGGAGAUGCUGGUUUCUCCUGAAACAUUCGUCUCACUCAACCUCUACGCCGUGCAUUGUGACCCGCGGUGGUGGGGGCAAGAUACACUGGAAUGGAAGCCACAACGAUGGAUCAAGGUAGACCCAAAGACAGGCAAGGAGACGAUCGCUCUCCCACACACGGGAGCAACGUUUGUGCCCUGGAGCGUCGGACCCAGGGUUUGCCCGGGCAAGAAGUUCAGUCAAGUGGAGUUCGUGGCGGUCAUUGCGACUUUACUCAAGGACUACCGUAUCAAGCCACUGGCGCUUGGCGGCAAGACGGAAGAGCAAGCGAGCUCAGCGCUGCUCGAGGUUGUGGAGGACUCCAUGAACGUGAUCACGCCGAAGAUGCGCCGCCCGGAGGACGCUGGUGUGGUUCUUGUGCAGCGAUGA